GAAUCUGCAUAUUAUAUAUGCAUCUAUUUUAUUCAUUUAGAUGUAUAUUUCCACGAUUUGUAGAUGGCUCUGUGUUGGAAUAAUGUCUUCUUUUCAAACAGAAAUAUUAUAUAUUUUUAGUAUGAGUUUUUUGUUUUGUUUCUUGGUAAAUAUUUAGGCAUUCAACAUGUUCGUAAUAGAGGGAUUUCAUAAAUAUAUGUCUUGUAUGAUCAAAGUAGCAAUCUGCAAUCAUGAGUGACGAUAUCUCAAGAACUCGAGAGCAUCCUUUUAGGCCAAUUAUGUCUAUCGUGCUUGAGGACGAGUGUGAUAUGAAAGAAUUAAAGGCCGUGGAUGCCUUUCGUCAAGCACUAGUCUUGGAAGAAUUACUACCAGAAAAACACGAUGACUAUCAUAUGCUGCUAAGGUGUACUUUAUUCUUUUCUCAUAUUCUAGAUUUUGUAUCGAGGCAACACUCGACAUUUAAUGAAUACAUUAUAUUCUUGACGGUGAGGCCUGUAUUGUUUUUUGUCGAUCCUGCAGAUUUUUGAAGGCCAGGAAAUUUGAUGCUGAGAAAACAAAGCAAAUGUGGACUGAUAUGCUGCAAAUGCAAUGGAGAAAGAAAUUUGGUGCUGACACAGUAUGGAUGUGCUGAUGGCCAAAUAGUAUAGUAUAUGUUUUCGGAGCUAAAUAAUUCUAGUAAGCAUCCGAUUUGCAUUUCUUCCCUGAACACUACCCGCAAGGGCAUCAUGGAAUCGACAAGUACGGGAGACCUGUUUACAUUGAAAGACUUGGUCAAGUUGAUCCGGUGAAGCUCUUGCAAUUCACAACUACAAACCGCUAUCUCAAGUACAAUAUUUAGGAGUUCGAGAGGACUUUUAUCGAUAAAUUUCCAGCCUGUUCCAUUGCAGCCAAAAAGCACAUCGACCAGAGCACGACCAUUUUGGAUGUAGAAGGAGUGGAAUGCAUUGGUGUUCUUUAUAAUUGAAAGUAACCAGUAAUCUCAUUUCCAAAGUAAAUUAAUCAGUUAUGAAACCCUUUAAAUAAGAUACUUGACCAAAAAAAUACAGAUGUGAUUGCAUACUAGUGUAACUAUCUACCAGAAUAUAUAAAGAUUUCCUGGGAUGAAAGGAGCACCGUCGAGUCAUUCCUUGACCCUAAGACCACGGUGAAGAUUCAUGUGAGCUACAAUCAGCUAAUGUCAAAUUAUAACUUAUUCUUGUCAAAUUCAGGGACAUGACUGGUUGUGCCUUUUCUUUUUCGAGGUUUUGGGAAAUAAAUAUCAGAGCAAGCUGCUUGAGAUUA